AUGGCUGGUGUCGCCUACUACAGCAUUGCCGGCAAGCAGGUCGGCGGCCACUACAUCGCCAUGGGCUGGUUGGCCUCCCUGUACCUCGGUGUCAAGUUCGCUACCUCCGGCGGCCCUUCCAAGACCAACGUCGCCGCUACUCCCCCGAUCAAUGCUUCCAGCUCCGACGAGGCCGACUUCAUCAAGAAGUUCUUGGACGAGCAGGAUAAGAAGAACUAA